CACAAAACUUGCAAAAGGAGAAGCAACGGGCUGCCCCACCGGCAAAUGAAUGGGGCAGAGCCAAAAUGCACAUAAUGUAGCACCCAAUGCUGCUGCUACUAUUGCUCGCAGCGGUCAGGGCCAAGGACCCCACGGCCACGGAGCUCAAAGAGUACGCCGACCUCUUCCGCUGCGGUCCAGUAAAACUGGGCGACCAGCUCGCGACAGUAAAGCGAGACGCGGCCUGCGGCGACAGCCGCUGCACGCAAAAAGCCUCGCCGCGCGACGCGUGCGCCAAACGCUGCGCGCGGACGCGGCACUGCGGCGCCGUGGCCUACGGUGAUGAGGAGUGCACAUUGUAUAGGACCGGCGCGCUGAACGGGUCCACUAGCAACGCGUGCGUCGCUUCGUAUAGAACGAACGAGCGGCCGGCGGCGGGCGAGGUGCUGCAUCGCUUCGCGCCGGGCCUGGCCUACCGCUUCUUCUCCGUCGUCGAUCUUAAAGAGAAAGUGUACCUCCUCGCGCGGGACGGCCUCUGGCCGAACGCGGCGCCCGACGAGCGGCUGUGGAUGUGGGCUACGAACGAGCGGCUCGAACUCACAAGCGAGCCGGCGGAGGUACGAUUACCACUGCCACAAGGAGUAGACGAGCGGCCCGCGCACAACUUCGCCGCCAUCAUCAAAGACGGCCGCGUCCACGGCUUCGGCGGCCGCGCGCGCGGCGGCACCGUCCUGCCCAAGGCCUAUCGACAGCGCGGCGUCCACUACUUUCCUCCAUCUCAUCAGCCCCUGACGUUCGAGACUGGAUCAAUCAGAAUAACGGGCCGCCACGCGGGCUGCCAGGAGCUGCGACGCACGCCCGUGACCUGCGAGUGGGACGGCAAGCUCUCCGCGGCGUUAUUUGGAAGCGGCGUCGCUUUAUUUGGUAGGUUAAACACGGCGCACGGCCGGCGCUGGGUCCAGGUCGCCGUCUCUGAUAGUAUUGAGGGCGCGUUCUCGGCCUUCGAGCCCAUCAGAAUUACGGGAUGGAACGGCUGCCGCGUGCGGCGCGCGUCGAUCUACUACAUUGUUGUGGAAGAGAAUCCCGUCGACGCCCGGACAUUACUGGGCCUCUUCCCCAUGCAUGAAGAGAGAAGGUGCUACCUCGCGCUCUCGUUCUCCUGCGACGCCGUCCACUGGUCGACACCAAAACCGCUCGUCGACCUGGGCUGCUCGAACGAAGCCGGCCGCGUGCGCGACUACCCGGCCGACGGGCUUGUUGUCAGAGGCGAUGUUGUCUACUACUACGUGCACCGCGACAUGCCGACGUCAAAUUUGGUGCUGAAUCAGGACAUCCCCCGGGACGGGUCCGCCCUCGUGCGGCAUACGCUUGAUAAAAGUUGGCUCCGGAACGCGUCCCGGGCAGCGCUGGCGGACCUCGGCGGUUCUAUAACAUGUGAGGCCGCGCUCAAGGACAUCACCGCGCCGUUCCGCGGCGCCGUCUUCGACGGGCGGGGCAUCCACCAGGACCGCCUCCCUCAAUGCACGCGCGAGGACCGCCUCGCGCACGUGGCCGAGGUACGUAGUGCAGACGAGGUCCUGAGGGAGCGAGCCCGUCUCGAGGAGAAAUCCCGGAACCACCAUACUGUGACACUGUAAUAAGACAAACAUAU